CUUUUGGAUAUUUCGUGUCUGUAUAUAUAAGUUUGCAUUUAUAAGAUCAAUUCUCGCAACCCCAUAAACAAUUCCUCAAGAGCCGUUGACAAACCAAAAAACUUGUUAAUUAAAAGUCAAUAUUUGCUCUAGACCCUCCAAUUUUCCGUAAAAAUCUCCAUAAAAGUCUCUGUCCCUCCUUGCCAACCAAAAACUACAAACACACAUCAUCCUUCGACUAUCUUAUUCAUAGCUAUCACCACCCAAAAAAGAAAUCACCCUAAUCAAAAAAAAAAAGGCAAGGAGAGAUUUUAUCAUUAUUCUAUUUUCAUAUUUUUUGAAAAAACUCAAGCAAUUGACUUUUGUGAUAAAGAUUUGAAGAAAGAGAUGAGGAACGAAACGGGUGGUACCAUGGUCGUUGAUCUCCAAACCGAUCCAUAUAACAACAUUCACAGUCGCCAUAAUCUGAGCUACGACCUUAGCGAGGGUCCCAAACCUAGGCCUAAAUUUGGUAAUAUCUCGAAAACUGACCACGACGAGAUAUUCCCUCCCGACGAUCCCAUCAUUAUCAACAGCAACGUGACUCACCAGCGGUUUAGCAGCGUCUCGGCCUCGACCAUGAGCAGCGGUCCGGCCAGCGGAGAAGGUUCUCCUUGCGUAAUGUCGCCUUGGGCCCGCGUGUCGCCUCCUUGGGGUGCAGAUUUCAACGAAGACAAUGUCCUCGAGACCAACGGUCUCAUUGGAUCUAUUGUUAGAAAAGAAGGGCAUAUAUACUCGCUAGCCGCUUCUGGUGACCUUCUCUACACGGGCUCGGAUUCGAAGAACAUUAGGGUUUGGAAGAAUUUGAAGGAACACGCUGGGUUUAAAUCCAGUAGUGGGCUAAUCAAGGCCAUUGUGAUAUUCGGAGACCGAAUCUUUACCGGCCAUCAAGACGGGAAGAUCCGGAUUUGGAAGGUUUCGAAGAGAAAACCAGGAAAACAUAAGCGGGUUGGAACAUUGCCAACAUUUAAAUCAAUGGUCAAGAGCUCCGUCAACCCUAAGCAUUUCAUGGAGGUACGCCGCAACAGAAACUCUGUGAAGACGAAGCAUAACGACGCAGUGUCUAGUCUUAGCUUGGACGUGGAGCUUGGAUUGUUGUACUCGAGUUCUUGGGACACGACAAUCAAAGUGUGGAGAAUCGCGGAUUCAAAAUGUUUGGAAUCGAUACAUGCACACGAUGACGCGAUAAACUCUGUAAUGUCCGGUUUUGAUGACUUGGUGUUCACGGGAUCCGCAGAUGGUACUGUUAAAGUGUGGAAACGUGAGUUGCAAGGCAAAGGAACAAAACAUACGUUAGCUCAAGUUUUGCUCAAGCAAGAAAAUGCGGUCACGGCGUUGGCCGUAAAAUCACAAUCUUCCAUCGUAUAUUGCGGUUCUUCGGACGGGCUAGUGAACUAUUGGGAGCGUUCAAAGCGGUCAUUCACAGGCGGAAUACUCAAAGGCCACAAAUCCGCAGUGCUUUGUCUAGGUAUAGCGGGGAACUUGCUGUUGAGUGGUUCCGCCGACAAGAACAUAUGCGUAUGGAGGCGGGACCCGUCUGACAAGUCCCAUCAGUGUCUCUCUGUUUUGACGGGACACAUGGGGCCGGUCAAGUGCCUAGCCGUGGAGGAGGAACGGGCUUGUCAUCAGGGAGCAAAAGCCUCAGUGGCCGAGGGAGACCGGAAGUGGAUUAUAUACAGCGGAAGUUUGGACAAGUCGGUGAAAGUGUGGCGCGUGUCGGAGAGAAUGGCCACGUGGAAGGAGAUGGACGAGCCAGCAGCAUCUUCAGAGCGGAAGAGCUCUUCGUCUCCGCAUGAAGGAAGUGGCGCGUGGAGUUCACGCAAUGUGGAAAAAUAAGAGUGGAGGAGCAUAGUGUGAUUAUUUACGAGAGUGUCACGUCGUCACGAGAGCCAUAUUCACGCCGGGAAAGAGACAGAGGAUUGAUUUCAUUUUUAUGACUAAGUCAACGGAGAGGUUUGUGCCACGCUAGCUGGUGUGAGAAUCAAAGUCGGGUUAAUGGUUUUCACGUAAUGAGUUUUUUGGUUAUUUUUUUCUUUAAAAAAAAUGUUUGAAACGAAAUUGAAUUAUUUAUUUAUUUUCCAUAAAUUUGUAAGAUAACAAGAACAAAGACCGAAUCAAACAUAUAUAUUUGUUUUCUUUAGUGGUCUAUGUCGUG